AAAAAAUCAAACCAAGAGAGAUUUAAUUAAACACUCACAUUUAUUAUUAAUAAAUACAUUCAUUAGAAACGAAUCCAAAUGAAAACACAUAAGAAAAACUAAUCUAAAACAAUAAUUAAACAGUUAACGAAUUAAAAACACUUGAAAACCAACAAAUAACACUUAAAGACUAAUCUUGAGUGAAAGGUAAUAAGCCUUUGGCCAAAAGAAAAUUAAUAACGUCAAAAAAAUUGAUAGAAUAACGUUAAGAUAGAGCGCAACUGAAAACCGGAAGUGACCGGCGCUAAAAUUAAUAAAUGAUAAACGUAACAUUGAACACCGUCGAAAGAGAAUUAGCACCCUAACGUUAAAAGCAGUUAGAUAAAAUUAAUUAAAACUAAAUUAAAAAUCCAUCGUAACUUUGAAAAAAACGUAAACACAAACCCGGAAGUAAACGGCGCCCGAAAAAUAAUUAAUUUCAACGUAAAGACAGCUUAAUGAAACGUAACAUUGACCUCGAACGAUGUUAAUUAACUUCAUUAGUUAAAUAAAACCACGUGAAAAUAAAACAAUGCUUUUUAAACAUCAACGAAUCCCAUUGGCUACUGUACUGUUUACGUAUGUUGGUACGGGAAUUUUGGAAACCCCUAUAUAUGUAUACAACAGCUGAUUAAAGCGUCAUAUUUCAACAGAUGAUUAACCAAACAAGGUAAGUUAAGUUUAAUUGUGAUUUGCUUUGUUGAUUUGAAACUUUUUAAAAAGUGAAUGUGUCAAUUAGUUUGUUAAUUGGAUGUGUACAAAGUUGUAAAUAUGAUCGCUAAACGUCUCAUUAACGUAGAGGUCGUGAUUUAUUAAAUAAUUAUCUGCAUCGAUGUCACGUGAAAUCACAGUUAAGUGUCUGUGACGCAUGUUUAAAUACCAGGUGUUUACCCAUUAAAAUGGUGUUAAUUAACCUCUGACCUUUGCUAUUUUCGUUCAUAUACUGUAAUAUCUCGGUGCUUGUUGCAUUAUACACAUGUUUAGCUUCACUAAUGUCACGUAACAUUAAAGUUUACGGCCCGUGACUCGUGUUUGUAUUGUUUUAAUGCAACAGGUAGGCCUUGCAAUGUGACUUUAACCCCUGACCUAUGCUUUUGUCAUCCAGAUACUGUAAUAUCUUGGUGCUUGUUGCAUUAUACACAUGUUUAGCUUCACUAAUGUCACGUAACAUUAAAGUUUACGGCCCGUGACUCGUGUUUGUAUUGUUUUAAUGCAACAGGUAGGCCUUGCAAUGUGACUUUAACCUCUGACCUAUGCUUUUGUCAUCCAGAUACUGUUAUAUCUUGGUGCUUGUUGCAUUAUACACAUGUUUAGCUUUACUAAUGUCACGUAACAUUACGGUUUACUGCCUCUUUUGUGUCGUUUCAGAAAAUGGUACCCUGCCCAUUCUGUCCGAAGGAUCUUACUAACAUGAGGCAGCACCUAAGGGUCACGCAUGGGGUUGCCAAUCUCCGGGAAAGGCAGCUGUGGGUUCGCUUUUCCCGGAGAAAGGUCACGCAGCCUUUACGCCCGUGCACGUUGUGUGGUCGUGCCCUAAAGCACAUACGGCCACACUUCGCCAAUUCCCACCGGGAUCUGUCGGCCAGGAAGCUCAGGCGAACUGUCCGGCGAUUCCAGUGGGAUAUUACCAUGGAAAGGCUGCGUGACCUUGAGGCCAGCCACCCGGUGGUCCCCAUGGUGACCCUGAUGGAACCCUUUGAAGACUCUGACGAAGAGCAAAUUCCUUCAGCCCCUUCGUCCUCCAUCACGUCUGCACGCUCCUUCACGCCUGCACCCCGCAUCACCCCUUCACACCCCGUCACCCCUUCACAUCCCAUCACCACCCCGCCUUCGAGCCCAGGCGCAUGUGCAGCCGUGGAGGAGAUCGCAGAGGGGCUGAAGGAAUUUGUCCAGUGCAUGGGCAGUCAUGUGGAGCAGUCAGAGGGCGGCCCGCUCUUCGGUGGUCCGGCCAGCCAUCCUUCCCCGCCACCGGCCGAGUUCAGCGUAGACGAUUUUCUACUGAGCCUAGACCGGCUCGACGCCAGCUACGCCGGGGCGGGGGUCGUGCAGGGUUUUGACGAAGAGCGGGCCGCCCAGGCACCCAUCAUGCCGGCAUUCCUUUUGUUGCUAGAAGACAACUCAAUGGAUCCUCUCCAGUGGGGCGAGGUGGACCAAGGGCCACGUUCCCCUACGCUGGAGAGGAUAUAGUGUUGUAAUUUUAAAUGUUUUUAUAUGGUUCAUUAUGUUUUAUAAUGUGUUUUAUCAAUAAAGUUUUAAAAUGUGUUUUUAA